AGGCUGUGUUGCACACAGUGACAACUUGACAACCGAAUCAUUGCUCGCCUUAUCGUUGCCGUGGGGUUCAAAACUAUAUCUUUCCUGUUCCUGCCUCUUCUUCUUGCCCCUUGAAGCUUCUACUCCAUCCCCAGACUAUUUACCAAAGAGUCCAGCCCAUCCAACACUCCUGGCCAAGUACCUUUCCCGUACAAAGCAUUGACCUACCACUUCCUGAGAAAUUCUCCUAUCCUCCGUUCCUCCUUCUACAACAACACAUCAAUAUGAAGUCCUUCGCAUUGGCUGCGGCUCUCUUCGCCUCAUCGUCUUUGGCAUGGCUUCCCUCAUGUUCCUGGUCUGACUGUAUGGGCAGCUGGGAUGGCACCGGCUGUGACACUAAGAGUGGCUGGAACUGUCUCUGCUCCAACCAAACCGCCAUCUCUCAAUUAAACACUUGUGUCGCUACCUCGUGCACAAACCAAACCGACCAAGAAGCCAUCUUCGGUGCCGUUGCACAACUUUGCGCCAAUGCUGGUGCGACUGUCACCGCUUCGCAAGAGGCCACCUUCAGUGCAACUUCUGGUGGCUCUGCCUGGCCUUCUCAGAUCACUGCCGGCCCUGGCUUUGGACCUGGUGGCAACUGGAACUCUGGUCAAUGGUCUAGCUGGAUCUCUGCUUGCUCGACUGGUCUCCCUUCGGCUCCGAGUGGCUGGAACGGCCAAGGUGGAUGGGGUGGUCCCGGUAUGUGGGGAGGUCAUGGUGGUCACGGUGGUCCAGGAGGUCCCUUUGGCGGACCAUGGGGCACCAAGGCCAGCGGCAUCAACUGCGAUGCAUGGACUACCUGGACCGCUGGCUGGGGACCGUUCUCUUCCUGGACCGGUACCUGGUCUGGCUGCAGCUCGACCACUGCUUCUCCCGUGCCAGCCACCAUCACCACCACGGUCACCACCGGCGGCUCUACCCAAGUCAUCACUGGCACCACCUUUGGUAUCCAAGCCGUCGCAGCUGCCACCACGACUGGUAGCUCGGACAGCGGUGCUGCUUCGGUCCGUGGUCUCGGCGCCUGCGGUGCCCUCGUUGCUGCCAUAUUUGUCACGAUGAUUGCUCUGUGAUAAAUUUUCAGUAAUGUGAGGUGGACGAGAUUUGCUAAUCAUGUGGGAAGCAUGUGAUGAUAACUUUGCAUAAUGGCGCUUCAGCGAGAUGGGAAACACUCAAACCACGAGUAUGACGACUGAUUUCACGAUGAAUUGAAAUUGUAUUGCUAUUGAUUGUAAUGGAGUUAGAAUCUGACCUGGCCUUUAUCCUACGCCGUCUGCUCGAUUAAAAAUGAG